AUCCCGCCGGGCCGGAGGAAAUGGGCUGGACCGGGCGGCCCCGGCCCCGGUGCUGGUCCCGGCGGGUCCGCAGCACCCUCCCGCAGCCGUGCCGGGAGCCGGGCCGUGCCAUGGGCACCCUCCAGGACACCGACGCCCUGCUGAGCCUGGGGGCCGUGAUCGACGUCUCCUGCCUGCGGGACGCCCUCCGCCAUGCCCUCGUCUCCCUGCUGCCCAGGGUGGAGCACGUCUACAUCUACCUGCUGGACGGGGAAACCCGGCUGAUCUGCGACGACCCCCCCCACGAGCUGCCGCCCGAGGGGAAGCUCAGGUGAGCCCGGCCGCGCCCCCCCCCCCCCCAUAUCGGUGCACACGCGUGUGGCUCGGUGGGUGCGCGUGCACACGCAUGUGCCCAGAGGGUGCGAGGUUUCCCACGGCUGCUGCCUGCCCCCAGCCCCCGAGCCCCUCUGUCCCCCAGCACUGUGCUGUGCCCCCAAAACGCAGCCGUUCCCACCGUGCCCCCUCCCGGCCGUGGAGCCCAGGCCCGGGUGACGGGGCAGGGACCCCCGACCUGGUCACGGGGCAGCAGGGACCCCCGACAGACAGCAGCAGCGCUGCCCUGCGGCUGGGAGCGGGGGGAGAG